AUGGAGGAGCAUGGAGAUCGAAGAAUUGGAGGGAAGUUUGACAGAAGCCGGAGAGUAACAAGGAAUUUUGGAGCUCAAACGCACAUGGUAGGACAAGAUGACGCAGUUAGAUGCAAUAAGUGCAAAUUUCUGCAUCGGGGGAAUUGCGUCAUCUGCCAAAGGUGUCAUCUAGGGGGUCACAUGGCAAAGGACUGUCGGAAGCGGUUAUGUUUCGACUGUGGAAGUCCAGACCACAUAAGGAUUGUUUGCCCAAAAAGGAAAGCAGGGGCAAAUGCAAACCAGACCCGGCAGAUCAGUUCCGGCAACUCAGGAAGUCAAGCUCGAGGCAGAGCAUUUGAAUUGGGAGUCAGGGAAGCUAGAGAGGACCCCAACGUGGUUUCAGAAGCCUUUGUAAUCGAGUUUGCCAAUGGUCAGGAAUUCAAAGCUAGAAGCGUAUUUACGAAUUGCACUCUGAAUUUAGCUAAUAAGGACUUUAGCAUAGACCUUAUACCGAUCGAACUAGGAAGGUUCGACAUAAUUGUAGGAAUGGAUUGGCUAUCCAAAAACCAAGCUGAAAUUGUAUGUUCAGAGAAGCUCAUUCGAAUUCCUCAAGAUGGAAUGGAACAAAUUGUAGUUCAGGGAGACAAGUUGGAUCGAAGGAUUAAGCUGGUAUCCUGCAUGAAAAUGCAGAAGUAUCUGAAGAAGAUUUACACUGCAUACCUGGCACAUGUGGUUGAUGGAAAGAUCAAGGAGAAAAGUAUUGAGGAAUUACCUGUAGUUCGGGACUUUUCCAAUGUUUUUCCUAAAGACUUACCAGGCCUACCCCCACAAAGGCAAGUCGAAUUCGGUAUCGACUUAAUCCCUGAAGUUGCCCCGGUGGCAAGGGCACCAUACCGCUUGGCACCUUCGGAAAUGCAGGAAAUGUCGACCCAACUCCAGGAGUUACUAGAACGAGGAUUCAUAAGACCAA